AUGGCAAAAAGAGAGAGUUUGUUUUCUGCCUCCCCACUAACAGAUAAAGGGAAAAGAAUAAUAUAUACAGGUCCAGAUGGCAUUGGUAAUUACCAACCAAAGGAACUGGAUUAUUGCCAUUACAUAGGAUCAAAAUCUCCACCCGUGGAGGGCACUAGUGAUGCCAAGUAUUUGUGGAGAUAUUCACCAAGUAAUCCUCCUCCGUGGAUGCACAGGCAUUGCUUUGUAGGAGAAAUUGGCUGGAGAACCAAAGAGUUUGGCUCACAAACUGCCCUUCCCCAGAGCAAGAAGAUAAUGCCUAAGCUAAAUCUCCCAGCUGAAGAAUAUGAAAUAAUUAACGAAUACAAAAAUCCCAGGAAAUUGACAUUUUAUCCCAAGAACUGA